UGAUCUUCUGUAGUCCGUACCGUGGGCCGUUUCGUACGGUGUAGUAUCUUUGGCUACAAAUAAUCCCUCAUUUACCGUAAUAAAAUGGCCCCACCGGGAGAUUCGCAAACAUUUUUUAAGGCCGAGGGUGGAAGAGGACAAACUAGUCCGAAAGAACUUCAAGAAAUGGUUUCAAAAGCGACUCAAACUGUCAAGAAAGGAGUGAAUGGGAUUUUACUUGGCCCGCCUGGAGCUGGUAAAGGAACACAGGCACCUAAACUGGCUGAGAAAUAUUGUGUUUGCCACUUAGCAACAGGUGAUAUGCUGAGAGCUGUUGUGGCAUCUGGUUCCACUUUGGGUAAAAAAGUCAAACAGGUUAUGGACUCUGGACAGCUUGUUAGCGAUGCUCUUGUUGUUGAACUGAUAGAUGACAACCUUGGUAAACCUGAAUGUGCAAAUGGAUUUCUCCUUGAUGGAUUUCCAAGAACAGUGGUUCAAGCUGAAAAGCUCGAUGAACUUCUUGAGCAGAGGAAGACAGGACUGGAUGCAGUAGUAGAAUUUGGAAUUGAUGAUUCUUUGUUGGUGCGACGUAUAACUGGAAGAUUACUUCAUAAACCCAGUGGCAGAACUUACCACAAUGAAUUUAACCCACCCAAGAAACCAAUGACUGAUGAUAUCACUGGUGAACCUCUGGUUCGUCGGUCAGAUGAUAACGAGGCCACUCUAACAAAGCGUUUGGAAGCUUAUCACAAGCAGACAUCACCGCUGGUUGAUUAUUACAAGAAGCGCGGACUCCAUUCCAGAAUCGAUGCUGCUGAAACCCCGGAUGUUGUUUUUAAUAGUGUUCUGAAUGAAUUUGAAAAAGCUAGAGCUCGGGCAAAGAAAUUUUUUUAAGGGCGAAUCUUCUUUCGGGUUUCAAAAUGAAUUAGGUGGUAAUUUACUUAGGAAAAUCAUAUAAUGUUUUCUUGUUACUUAUGAAAUGUGUGCAGUAAUAAAUUUCCGUAGGAGUGUAUUCAAA